AGGAUUGAAUCCGUUUGUGUGUUGUGCAGAGUUGAAACCUCACUUUCAGUUAAGCGCAGAGAGCCGUCACAGACAGAACAACCUUAAAAAAAAAAACUCAAUAGAAGGAGACACACUGAGAAGAAAUUGGAUUUUUUAGAUUUGUUUCAGUUCGAGGGAGAUUGGUUCGGUUCGAUAACUUAGCUUUGUUCUCUCUCUUUUGUUUAAUGGCAUCGGAGGAUGUGAAGAGGAGGGAAGGGGUUAAUAAAGCUCCGAGCAAUGCCGUAAUCGGGAUCUGCAAGUCUUUGAUCGCCGGUGGCGUUGCCGGCGGAGUGUCGAGAACUGCUGUUGCUCCGUUGGAGAGACUGAAGAUUUUACUACAGGUUCAAAAUCCACACAGUAUAAAGUACAAUGGGACAGUUCAAGGAUUGAAGUAUAUAUGGAGGACUGAAGGCUUCCGUGGAUUGUUCAAAGGCAAUGGUGCUAACUGUGCUCGUAUUGUUCCUAACUCUGCCGUCAAGUUCUUCAGCUACGAGCAGGCUUCCAAGGGGAUACUCUACCUCUACCGACAACAGACAGGGAACGAUGAGGCUCAGCUCACACCUCUUUUACGGCUUGGAGCUGGAGCUUGUGCUGGAAUAAUUGCCAUGUCAGCUACUUACCCGAUGGACAUGGUGCGCGGUAGGCUCACUGUCCAGACAGACAAAUCUCCUUAUCAAUACAGAGGAAUGGUCCAUGCACUAUCCACGGUCCUGCGUCAAGAAGGACCAAGAGCAUUGUACAGAGGAUGGCUUCCCUCUGUAAUCGGAGUUGUUCCCUACGUAGGCCUUAACUUUGCAGUCUACGAGUCUCUAAAAGACUGGCUAGUCAAAUCAAAACCUUUUGGGAUAAUCGACAACAACAACUCGGAGCUGACGGUGACAACAAGACUCGCAUGUGGAGCCAUAGCUGGAACAAUGGGCCAAACCGUUGCGUACCCACUUGACGUAGUUCGUAGAAGAAUGCAGAUGGUUGGUUGGAAAGACGCUUCAUCGGUUAUCACAGGUGAUGGUAGAGGGAAAGCUCCGAUAGAGUAUUCUGGAAUGGUUGAUGCGUUUAGGAAAACGGUUCGACAUGAAGGCCUUGGUGCAUUGUACAAGGGCUUGGUCCCUAACUCCGUCAAGGUAGUGCCAUCGAUAGCGAUAGCGUUUGUGACGUACGAGAAGGUUAAGGACAUACUAGGAGUUGAGUUCAGGAUAUCAGAUUGAAAGAAGAAGGAUACAAGAGAGUUCACGUGAUUUAUAGAUUUAAGAUUUAUGAUUUUAUGUAUUGCACCAAUAAUAAUAAUACACUAAUAAUCAAAAGACUCAGGAGCAAAUAGAUACUCAUUUGAAACUCA